AUGCAGCUUUUGCAUUCUCCGCGUUCACUCACCCUGACCAAUGACAUUCCUCCAUAUGGGUUUUCAAAGAGUUCAUCUCUACUGGGUCAAGUUUUCCGAUUGAGUUUUGAUGUGAAAUGCCCUCAGGCCGCCAGGAGGUUUAGGGCCAUUGAUGUUGGACCUCAUGCUUCAGGUGGCGAGAGAUUAAGGGUAAAAGCCGCUGAAACAACCCCCUCAGAUGCAGCCCUGAAUGACCCAAAUGUGGUUUUUGUUGCUGGCGCAACAGGCAGAGUUGGGUCACGAACCGUGAGAGAGCUUCUGAAAUUAGGGAGUAAAGUUAGAGCUGGUGUUCGAAGUGCUCAAAGAGCUGGAUCUCUUGUCCAAAGCGUGAAACAGUUGAAGGUGGAUGCUGAUGCAAGUGGUUUAACUCCACCUAUAGAGAGGCUUGAGAUUGUCGAGUGUGAUUUAGAGAAGAAAGAUCAGAUCGGCCCAGCUUUGGGGAAUGCUUCAACUGUCAUAUGCUGCAUUGGUGCCAGUGAGAAGGAAGUAUUCGAUGUUACAGGACCCUAUCGAAUUGACUAUCAGGCCACAAAAAAUCUCAUUGAUGCAGCUACGUUUGCCAAGGUUGACCAUUUCAUUUUACUCACAUCUCUUGGAACAAAUAAGUUUGGAUUUCCUGCAGCUAUUUUGAACUUGUUCUGGGGAGUCCUGUGCUGGAAAAGGAAAGCAGAAGAGGCUCUACUAGCCAGUGGACUUCCUUACACUAUAGUUAGACCUGGAGGGAUGGAGCGACCUACUGAUGCUUACAAAGAGACUCAUAAUAUGACUGUGUCACAAGCAGACACUUUAUUUGGCGGGCAGGUCUCAAACCUUCAGGUGGCUGAAUUCCUUGCUUUCAUGGCGAAAAAUAGGGACCUCUCUUACUGCAAGGUGGUGGAAGUAAUUGCAGAAACUACGGCUCCAUUAACUCCAAUGGGUGAUCUUCUUUCAAAAAUUCCAUCCGAGCGUGCUCCAGUUUUCACUUCCUCGAAAUCAGAUGAUGCAGUUGAACCCAAAAGUGCCGUUCCAGUAAGCUUGAUUUCUGAAACUUUAUCUGUUGAAACUGCAUCUACCCAAGUGAAAGCAAAUGCAACAACACCCCUCUCUCCAUACACAGCGUAUGAAGACUUGAAGCCUCCAACAUCGCCAACACCAACUCCAAGUACUGGUUCAUUUGCAAAAAAAGAAAGUGGUCCAGGACCUAUUCCCACAGAAGCAGACACUUCAGCUACACCAGUAAAAGUCCACUCUUCAUCACCUUAUACGAGCUAUGAAGACUUAAAGCCUCCCACAUCCCCUACACCAACCCCAAGUACUGGUAAUUCUUUGCCCAAAGGAAGUGGAGCUGACGCUUCUCCAUCUUUGACGAUCAACUCCUCAUUACCAGACAUAAGCAAUGAUGUAAAACCUCCUAAUAUUGCUGCAUCUGAAGUAAGUUCAGCCGACACUGUUCCAACUGCAAAGGUCCACUAUUCAUCGCCCUACAUAAACUACCCUGAUUUGAAGCCCCCAACAUCACCAACUCCUAAUCCGCCAGCAUUGGCGACAAAAAGUGAAGUUGAACCUCGAGCUCCAAGUGCAGAUAUACUAGUUAAUGGAGAUAAGCAUAAUGGAAGCAUAUCAAGCCCGCUUUCACCAUACACUAUGUACGAGGAUAUGAAGCCCCCAACUUCUCCAACGCCAUCAUCUCCAAAGAAUAUCUGA